AUGCAGGCAUUUCCUGUGCCCGCGGUACGCCGCCUCCUGGCUAUCCCAGAGGUACUGGCUCAGGUGGCAGAAGAGACGUGGUCGAGCAAGAGUCUCGCUGCCCUUGCUAGGACUUGCCGUGACUUCUGUUCUCCUGCCCUCGACAAACUAUGGCAACAUCAACCAGGCCUUGAAAAUAUCGUGAAGUGCAUGCCCGCGGAUCUGUGGGAGAUGCAGCCAACUCACGAUGACGAUGGUAGUUCAACCAUAAUAUUCCAACGACCCCUACGCCCUGAAGACUGGGUCCGAUUCGAUGUCUAUGCCCUCCGCAUCCGCGAGCUCUGUAUCGGCUUCCGAAGAUUGUACUACGAGGUUGGCAGACCGAAAUUAUCAAGCGAGGCGCUAGUCACUUUGGAUCAAUACAACCCUUCGAAGGCUUUAUUCCCGAACCUUCGUUAUUUAUACUUGAGCAGCAUCACUGAUACCGACGUCGUACCGUAUCGCCGCCUGUUCCUCAGCCCCGCCUUGCUCGACCUCGUGAUCGAGUGGGAAGUCUUUGACGUCAAUGCUGCGGCUCUCCUAGAUCACCUCUCCGCACACUGUCAGAGUGUUCGAAUACUGAAUAUCGCAACUCAACAGGAGGAAUCAUGGUCCUCGCCCGGCCCUGUUGAGAUCCGAGCUGGUAUUUUCGAUAGCUUGAAGGCUUUGCAUAUCCUGUCCUUCAUUUCCGCCGUACCUCUCCCUGCCGCCGCCUUCAUGGAACUUCAAUCUUUGCCUCAUCUUACUGAUCUACACAUCUCAAUACUGGACGAACCCGCAUCGCCGUGGACAUUUCCUGUCGCUACAGAGUUCCGGCCGUUCCGUGCGCUGCAGCUAUUCUUCAUCCGAUGCUCCCAGGUAACGGACUGCUCCAAAGUGCUGGCAGCAUUCUCCUUCCCUGUGCUAGAGGGCCUCACAAUUCGUGCAGGAGAAUUCGGCUCCCUGGGACACCUCUUCCGAAUCAUACGCGACAACUGCUCGCAUACGUCUCUCUGUCACAUCAGCAUUUGUUGGUGUGACCUGUUCGAUCAAGACCCUGGACCAGUGGAAGCCACUGCAAGUGAUUUCCGAAAUCUGUACGCCUUCCAUGAACUGCAGGUCCUCUCGGUGGAGACCUUCAAUGAGAUUCGGCUCACGGAUGACGACCUGAGAGACAUGGCGCUCUCCUGGCCGUACUUGGAGUCUUUGAAGCUGCUCCCUAGCAAGGACAAGGAGCGUCCACCAGAGACCAUCCGACAUUGCCCCCGGCUGCACACACUCCAUAUCGGGAUCGAUACCUCGCAGGCCGACGCUGCGCGCAUCAUCGAGGCGCUCUCCGGCGCCGGGCCGAUGCGGGAUCCGAACGAGGUUGCGAUGUCGCUCGCAAUCAUAUUCCGACGCCUGGAGAAGUUCAUAGGCGGCUACCCACAAGAGAAUUCGCCGGAGUGGAAGCCCACAGAAUUGCUCCUGCCGGCCUGCGCCUCGUACGUGGCGAGUCACACCGUGUACGUAGAAAGCCCUCACUCUGAGUAG